AUGGCGUCAACACCGCCGCCCCCUUCACCAACCUCGCUCCGGGUACCUCGAGCACCGCGUUUUGGGCCCAAGCAUGAUAAUUACGAACCCUACCCUACACGUUAUUCUGCUAGACUAGCAAGUCAGCGGGAAGUCAAGACCCGCCAAGUUACGCCACCUACAAGUCACUCCAGUUCAUCAAACAAAAAUGGUGUUCCAAAGAGAACUCUCUCGCCCUUUUCACCUGGAACUGGCCAAUCUUUCUCCAGAAAGGCUGCAACCUCUCGCAUCUCACCAUUAGAUUCUGAAUCCUCACAAUCCCACACUUCUACUGGUCAACCAUCUCGAUCAUCUGCAGAACGCGCUCUGCCCACUCCUGCUAAAACACCCUCCAAGAAGAAAAUCAUCGGCACUGAUUCCUCCACUUCUCGCGCCAUCUUUCCUACAAGCUCUGCCCCCAGGCGUAAGAAGAUGGAUAUCGCAAUGGACACCUUUGACACCUUUGAGACCCCUCUCAAUGCCUCUACUGGAUACACUCCUCAUGUCAGAGGUCAAACUGAUCCAGCUUUAAUGCGCGAACUGGGUAUCCCAUCUUUCCCUAUUCACACCGAUUCGCGCGACCGUAUUCCUGUGCGCGGUAACCUUGGUGGAAAUCCCUUUGCCUCCAAGCCUGGCAGACCCGCUACUCGUUCGACUACCAGCCACGACGAUGGAGUCUGGUAUGUCUGCCGCGGCAAGAAAAUCUUCAAGCGCUUCGAUGAAAUGGAGGAAGAUGAGGAUGAGGAUUCUGAUGACCUCGGCCUUCUGGCUCGCCGCCCUGACCUGUUCGCCGAUGAGCCCGACAUCUUGAAGAAGAUCAAGCCUCUCACCCGAGCUUCUAUCAAACCACGCCUUCUAUUCAACCGACCUGAGCCCGAGAAAGAGAUUGCCGAAGAGGAAGAUCUCACUGACGUCGAAGAAAAUGAUGCUCCAUCUCCCACUCCUGCGGAUCCUGCUUACGAUCUCGCUGUUGACCCCGUCACUCCCGACUUUGACACAUCUGAUUCUCUCGUCGCUCCUGGUGCUCCCGGUGGUGUUUCUAGCACCCGCCUUCGUGGUUCUACGGGAGAGACCGGCGAAGCCGUUCCUCCGUCCAAUGGCACUGCCCCUGGACAUUCCAACAAGCGAGUUCGCACCGACAGCGGCGCUAGUCUGUUCAAAUACUACCCACUCAGCAAGAAGCCUUCAGCAGUUGAGGCCCGCGCUGACCGCCUCAAGCGCUCUCGCGAAUCGCGAGGCAGCCCUGCUCCCCGGACUAGAAAAGCUCUGCGCAGUGGGACUUCUGCUAUGGCCCCGACUUCUUCGGAACCCGUCGCUGAUGCCUAG